GUUUCGAGGAGUGCACCACGCAUUUAUGAAGAUCCUGUCCGAAGGAGGAAUACGGGGGCUUUGGGCUGGAUGGGUGCCCAAUGUCCAGAGAGCUGCCCUGGUGAACAUGGGAGAUCUGACCACUUACGACUCAGUGAAACACUUUUUGCUUCUGAACACGCCACUUGUGGACAAUAGUGUGACUCACAGUAUUGCCAGUUGCUGUUCUGGCGUGGUAGCUGCUGUUCUGGGAACUCCUGCUGACGUGGUCAAAACCCGGAUAAUGAACCAGCCGAGAGAUAAGCAGGGAAGAGGUCUGCUGUAUAAGUCUUCCAUGGACUGUCUGGUUCAAACUGUACAGGGUGAAGGGUUUAUGUCUCUAUACAAAGGCUUUGUACCAACCUGGAUGCGAAUGGCUCCUUGGUCACUGGUAUUCUGGCUUACGUAUGAACAAAUCAGAAGGGUCUGUGGAGUUAGUUCUUUUUAA